UCUUGUGUGAGAGAGACAAACCAUGUGACAGUGUGGGAAAUACAGAGUGAAAUAGAAAACUGAGCUAGAGGAGAAAAGAUAGAUUAAGAAUGAAGGUGUUGGACUGAGUGAAAAUACUAAAGACAGGUGAACUGGUUGGAUGAAUUGGAGAUCUUUGGUUAGGUAUGAAACAGCUGAUAUGCAGCAGGUUCACCCUUCACUGCUCUGGUGCGAUCACAGGAGGAGAAACACUGGACGCUUCAGAUCGGAUUCAGUCAUGGAGCUCACCUUAGACUUGCCCUGCAGAUGUCCUCGCUGUCGUAGGGGCAUCUUCAAGAUGCAGAGCAAUUGGAGGACAACAAAGCUGCUUGGAGUGCUGAUGAUAGCCAACUUCGUCAUUUACUUCAUGGUAGAAUUGUCCCGAAGUAAUGGCCAGGGACAAGAUGUCCACAAACGAUGGAAAGUCCCAUCCAAAGAGUUCUGGAGUAAGCCUGAGGUCACUACAGCAUUCUGGAAUCAUGAGCAACAUCGUCUUGACGACAUCUACUACCUGCCCCUUGCCAGUGGCAACGAGUCCCUCAGAGAAUUUCCAGGAAUCCCUCGUUGGCUGAAUCAGACAAGUCAUGCAGGUCCGUGCCAGCCAGACAUAAGAAUCACAACACAAAUAAAAGACUUCAAAUCUCUUCCACAGCGUUUCCAGGACUUCCUCUUGUACAUUGGAUGCAGGUCGUAUCCCCUGAUAACGGAUGCACCCAAUGUAUGUUCCAAACCUCCUUUCCUGUUGCUUGCGAUAAAGUCCAUUGCGCCACAUUUCGACCGACGACAGGCCAUUCGAGAAUCAUGGGGGCGUGCCGGUAUCCUCGACAACCGGCGCAUUGCCACAGUGUUCCUCCUUGGCAACACUACCGUGGCAGACCAUUUCCCAGACUUGUCGGACAUGGUCAAGUAUGAAGCAGCAUUGUACGGCGACGUUUUGCAGUGGGGCUACCGCGAUUCAUUCUUUAAUCUCACCUUGAAGGAAGUGCUCUUUCUGGAGUGGUUUGGAAAUCAUUGCCCCUCUGCCCAGUACAUCUUUAAAGGCGAUGACGACGUUUUCGUUAAUACACGGCAUAUUCUGGAGUUCCUAGGUAACUUGACGGUGACCAGUGCGAGAGACCUCUUUAUUGGAGAUGUGAUCACCAAUGCUGGACCGCACCGGGACAAAAAGCUCAAGUAUUACAUCCCAGAAAGUGUGUUUGUUGGGGGUUAUCCUCCGUACGCAGGUGGAGGAGGCUACCUGUACUCAGGUAAUCUAGGGUUACGACUAAGAACUAUCUCCCGCUUGGUCAUGUUGUACCCAAUCGAUGACGUGUACACUGGGAUGUGUUUGCGGAAACUGGGCUUAGUGCCAGAGAAACACAAAGGCUUUAAGACCUUUGACAUUGAGGAAAAGUACAAAGACGAACCUUGUGCUUAUAAAAGUUUGAUGCUGGUCCAUCCGAGGAGCCCACAAGAGAUGAUUAAGAUCUGGUCUUGGAUAAAUGACCCCAAAACUAAUUGCUAGAAGUGAGAUAUUUUAAACUCGACAUGAAAUGACAUUUCCAGCCCAAUUUGGGACAUGAUUUUAUCCAUUGGGAAUUGAUUGGAUUGUGAAAAGUGUUCUCUGUAUGACAACUGGCUGGAGGGGAGUUUUUGAAAAGUACGAGGGCAUCAGCCUAAAAGAAAAGUCGUUUCAGAGGGGGAGCAAGGUAUUCCAUUUUGAUGAAAGCUUAAAAAGACAAAGAUAUAUAUAUAUAUAUAUAUAUAUAUAUAUAUAUAUAUAUAUAUAUAUAUAUAUAUAUAUAUUUAUUUAUUUUUUAUUUUUACUAUGGAAUAACGUGCACUGAUGAUUGCUGAAAAUAAGACCAGGAAUGCGUAUUAAGAAGGUAAAUAUGGUACAUUUUGAUUUCAGGUUGACUUUCAGGACUUCAUCGAAUUUUUCUCUGCUUUGUAAAGAACCUUAAAGCUUCCACUUUUAAAGCUGAAUUAUGUAACUUUUUCAGUGUUAAAAUACAGUACUUUCUUCUAUCCCACUUUAAUAUGCAGAGACAACUAUGAGUAAGCCAUUCAUAGAUUAAUUUUCUCGAAAACUGUAAACACUGUGUCUCUGUGGCUUGUUUAGAGAGACCCGCUUAGACUCGCCCCAACAAUGUUAUUCAACCAAUGGCGUGAGCUGGGGGUGGGGCUAUUUUUGCAAUUCCAUUCGGUGGUGCUAGUGUGGCAGAACUUACAUUAGCUUUAACUCAAAUCAGUAAAGUACGACAUGAUGCACUAUGACAGACAAGAAUCAGGGUGUGUCUUCAUGAUAAAGAGCUAAAGAUACCUUUUUAUCUUUGUUCUGUGUUGAGACAUUAUCUGUUGUCAUUUUAAUUUAUGUCUCAUGUCUGUUCUUAUGUACAGGUUGAAAAAGCAGAGCUGUGCUAUGAAGCAACUAUACUCUGUUUGGAAAUGUUGUUCUAAACAGUAAUGUUGUCAUUUUUUUAAUGCUAUUUGUGAGCUUUUUGACUUUUCUAGCAUUAAAAAAUGUAAUCCAUAUUUCUUCAGGAUGCUGCUAUUUUAUUACCAACGUCUGAUUUGAACAACACUAUCAAAACAAUGACUAUAUUAGAGGUUUUAAUAGUUAAAUUGUAUACUAUUUGUGCAAAAGGCACAGCCAGUUUUGACCUUUGCACCAUUGUUGUAGGGUAUCAUUAGACGUUUACAACACACACACACACACACACACACACACACAGAACUGUUUAAGCCUCUGACGUUCAAAGUCAAACAAAAUCCCAUUACUGCUGAAUUCUCUGUUAACUCCAUAGGGAGAAAGAUCACAAAAGAUCGGAUAUCCAUGCAAUAUUUACUGUGAAGUUCAGUAUGUGUGUAGUCUUGGACAUGGAUGUAAAAUAAGCUCUGAAAUAGGUUUGACCCUUAUAAAGGAAACUUGUUUUAACAUUUCCAUUACACACUCAGUGUUUUGUUUGUAUUCAGACUAAUAAAGUUCUGCUGUAUUCA